AUACAUCUGUGACAGAAAGAAGGGGAUUGUGCACUCAUCAUAAUAUUACUCGUAAUGAACCUUUUACAGGUCCCAGUAAGCGGCUUUUCAGCAUGAAGCGUACAACUCUGUCCCCAGGCAGUAAUUACACAACCAUCACUCAUUCAUGUGGCAUUUUACUAAAAGCAUGGACAUGACACCGUGUGUGGAACUUAAAGGGGUGCUUUCAUGAGACCCCCUGUGUAGACAUGGACUCCUUAAUACUCCUUAAGACACACUCAGCAAGUUUAAAGCUUGAACUCUGGGGAGAUCAGAACCUUCAGCCUGUAGUGUUGGUGCACAAAGACACCUUCAUAUCAGCUUGAGUCAACACUAACAAUCCUGUUAAGAGCAUUGAGGGGCUUUUAAUACCUGGACCACCCCCAUAAUAAGCCUGAUGUUGGAGGGGAGAUGCACAAAUCAAUUCUGCCAGAACAGUUCUCGCUGACAUCUCCAGGGUAUUUCACGGACAUAAGAUGGAUGACGUAGGUCUGCGCACGCGCCUGCUCCUGUUGCUGCUGCUCGCGCUCAUGUGUGCGUGCCCGCUGCAGGGCUUGAGCUCGGGUCACGUGGACCCGUUAACCCUGAGCCGCGUGGAUGCGCACUGCUGGGAGCGUGCCACGGCGCUGCUGCUGGAGCUGCGCACCCCCCGAAUAGCACACACUGUGUCCAGCUUCUGGGACCUGAUGGUGUUUCUAAAGUCCUCAGACAACCGCAAGCACAGCGCUCUGUUCUGGGACCUGGCGCAGGUGUUCUGGGACCUGUACGUGGAGUGUGUUCAGUCCCGCAACCACGGACUGGGCAGACGGCACAUCAGGCGCACAAAGAGACUCCUGGGGGGCACAAGUUCUCUCACUGCAGACAAGUCUUUUGUGCAGGAGAUGAAGAGUCACUUAUCAAAGUUGAAGAAGUUUACUCAGGCCUGGUUUUGAGUUCAGGUCCAGCAUGAUGGACAACAAGGUUUGCACCAUGAUGCCUAUUGAAAACUCAGUGAUUCAAAAAGUUUUUAACUACUAGGAAACAAAAAACUUUCCAUAAAACAUUUUCUACUUUUAUGUGUUGAAAAUGUUUCAAAUAAAAUGAUUUGCAUUAUGUAUUGU